AUGGGCCCGGAGCACACGAAAUAUUGUGAUUUAUGCGGCCAGGAUAUCAAGCCACAAGGGUGGACCACCCACCGAAAAGCUUGCGAGACGAAGGCAGAUAAAAGGCGCCGGGAUCAGGUGGUUGUAGAUGUGAUUCGUAAGGAGAAAGUCCCCACCUUCAAUCAAGACGACAUUAAAAUCGAAUAUCAUCUGAACAGUAACAUUGAGACCAAAGUAUAUGGAUUCGAUAACUUUGAGCAUCAUGCCGCAGACUUCCUGGUCCCCCCGCCUGAUGGACAACCUUGGCAUCCAUUCAAAUCUCAGCUUGAAUUCGAAAUUGCCGAGAUCAUGCUCGAGGUCGGGUUUAACAACCAACAAACUGAUCGGCUUAUCAAGCUAUGUCAUCGCUGUGCCGUGGGGAAGGAGAAAUUCACGUUCAAAAAUCACAAGGAUGUCUGCAACAUGUGGGAGGCGGCCUUGCACUGCAUUACAAAGUUUACGAAGGAGGUGAUUUCGGUCCCCUUCAAUGGGGAUGGGGAAUUACGGGACUAUGAGAUACAUUACCGAGACCUUUGGGAGUUGGCUGCUGAUAUGCUUCAGAAUCCCCGCCUCUUUCCCCACUUCAUGUUUGACGCACACUGCCUCUCAAAGUUUGACGGGAACACAUUUGUUUCUUUUGUUGAUGAGCCUUUCACUGCGCGAGAUAUUUGGGAUGUACAAUCGCAACUCCCACCAGGUGCCAAGCCACUGGCCUAUAUACUGUACGCAGAUAAGACAAAACUAUCCUCAUUUGGCACUGCGAAAGGUUAUCCAGUCUAUGCUCGUUUAGCAAACCUACCAACCGCAAUUCGAAAUGGGCGAGGUGUAGGUGGCGGUUAUGUGGUGGGAUGGUUGCUGAUCGUGAAGGAUGAAAAAUUGCACUCCGGAAAGCCCAGCUGGGUAGACUUCAAAAAUACUGUCUGGCACAAGUCAUUUGCCAGGAUCAUCUCUUUGUUAGCCUCAAAAUCACAAACAGGGCAGUGGUUUGAAUGUCUAGAUGGCAUCAAGCGCUGGUUCUUUCUUUGUAUUCUCAUUCUAUCAACUGAUUUUGAAGAACACCUUUGGCCAUGCCCCGUUUGUCUAGUUUCUCGAGAUGACCUGUGGGAUACUUCGAAAUCAUAUCGCCGACGAACAUCAAAAGAAGAGGAACUCCUGAAAGAACAAGCACUUCGUUUAAUUGAGAAUGCGUUUUGGGUGGUAGCAUUCACCUGCGUGCAUCGAGCAUUGUCGCAUGAUCGUUGUCACUUCAAUCAUGGUGGACUCUGGUCACACCAUCUCUGGGUUGAGCUGCAGAAAUACCUUGUAACUCUUCAAAGGGGAAAAGUAUCGCAAGUUGACAAUCGAUUCGAAAAAUUUCCACGCUGGCGAAAUCUCAAGCACCCAAAUCAGGUUGUUGGUGUUACGUUUACGGACAGUUCUGUCCAUGAGGAUAUUUCCAAGAUGAUAAUUUACGCCACGCAUGAUGUCUUGACUGAGGAUGAUUCUCCGCUCGGUUAUCUUCUCUUGUGUUGUGUAUGCCUUUACCUCGAAAUGGACAUGUACGCUGCUCUGGAGGUCCACAUAACUGGUACAAUCGAAGAGGGGAGGCAUACCGUCCAAGCCUUCACAGCACUCAUGAAGACCGCUGAUGACAAUGAGAAGAAUUGGAACUUUCCGAAACUGCACAUGACGACACAUAUAUUCGACGACAUUGAGGCUAAAGGUGCCUCACGCAAUUACAACACCAAGCCGAAUGAGCAAAUGCAUGGGCCCUUCAAGGACUGGUACUUGAACCGGACAAACUUCAAAGACAUUGCGGAGCAGCUUCUUUGCAUUGAUCACUGGCUACUUGUAGCUGAUGAUAUCAGUCGGUGUAUACUAGACUUCGAUGAAUAUUCGCAGUGGAAAUCAGACGACGCGGAUGAUGAUUUAUUAGAUGAUGAAGAUAUCGUCAUUGGCAUGGAUGGUCUGGGCGCCGUUUCUCUAGAUCCGUCUCUACACGUGAAAAUGGGAUCAAGACAAGCAGCACAAACCUUCUGUUCCAUCGAGGACGCACACCAUACCAAUGUUGAAUUCACCAACUUCCGCAUCAAGCUGAAUGAAUUCUUAAAUGUCUUUCUACCCGCCUGCAACAUUCCACUGCCGAACAGAAGAAGAAUCUGUUUACAACCAGAUGAUAUGGUUACUGAGUACUGGAAACAGCAUACUGACUAUCUCCGGUGCAAUCCUAAGUUCUUCAACACACCACGUUUUGACUUUGUCUUCAUCCGGACACAGAAAGGCAUCAUCCUUGGACGUCUAGUCUUCCUUUUUGAAUGUGCAAUUGGGAAUGAUUCGUUUCCCCUUGCUCUCAUCCACCCCUUUGACGCUCCAACAGGCCCACGGCUUCGAAAAGACAAACAACUUAACCUUUUCAGAGUCAAAGCACAACCACGCACAAAGAUACAGGAUUUGAGUGGCAACCCCCUCGAUUACUUCAUGGUCAACACCAUCGAUACAGACAUGUUUCUUCGUGUAAGGGAGAUGCACCUGCAGGCAGGUCAUCCAGUGCGUAUCUGA